ACCAUUGACGACAUACAAUACCAAGUACGGGUGUGCAAUUCAGGAAACAAUUGUAAUAUAGCCUGCUCAGCCCAAGAACAACAACUCAUGUCAUGUUAUCAGUGCGAAACCGAUCAAGCUGACUGCAACACGGGUUCCUGUCAAGGCAAAUACUGUUUGUUCACUAGAAUUCAGUCGUCAAGGAGUUUCCACGUGAAAAAGGCCUGCACCAACACCGUCAACCUCCUUUACGAAGACAACGUACAAUACACUUCGUUUGGUAACUGUGAGUACAGGCAAGUUAACGCUGUCAACUAUGACUUCAAACUGUGCAAUUCUUCAUCGUACUGCAAUACAGCCUGUCCUCUAGGACCAUUUUCGUCGCUGAUCUCUUCGUCCCAUUCAGCCUUCUUCCAACUAAUGCCACUGUUGCUUUUAUUGCUGAUUUUUUCUAGGAGGAUCUGA